ACAGAGUGCAUGCAUAUUAUUGCUUCACGAAGCAAGUUAUUCUAUUCUGCCUGCGGCCCCGCUCAAACCUUGAGAUCGAAACUGUUGGGCUCGACGCAUCUGCUGGGUAUCCUCCGACGGCAGCCAAAAUCCCUAGAUACCGACCGACCAACCAACCAUGUCUCAAUACUACGGCGCACCGCCGAACCAGGCCUACGGGCCGUCGUCAGCCCAAAACCUCCAGUUCUACACGUCGCCGUCAUAUGCCCAGCCCGUGUCCGGCCACGCAACGCCAUCACAAGCCUCGUAUGGCUACGGCGGCCAGUCCUCGUCGGCCGGGUACGGUGCGCCGGGCGGUUUUGGCGCGAGCUUCGGUGGCGCCCCAGGAGUCUCGGGCCGCAUGGGCGAGCAGGGCGGCUUGAGGACCGGCUGGCUGGCGGCAUUUUCCACCGAGGGCUACGAUGGCGAGCCGCCGUUGCUAGAGGAGCUUGGGGUCAACUUCGCACACGUACAAGCAAAGACCCUCGCCGUUCUCAACCCCUUCACCCGCAUCGACCAGCACCUGAUGGAUGACAGUGACAUGGCAGGGCCCAUCCUAUUCUUCCUCCUCUUCGGCACCUUCCUCCUCUUCAGCGGCAAGGUCCACUUCGGCUACGUGUACGGCGUCGCCCUCCUCGGCUCCAUAAGCCUCCACAUAAUCCUCAGCCUCAUGACCCCCUCCGACGGCGCCAUCCCCGCCCAGGCACCCACCUACCCAGGCCAACCAACCGACCCCUCCUCCUCCUCCGCCGCACCCCCCUCCUCCGGCGGCGGCGGCCCCUCCUCCGCCUCCAACCCGACCUCCCUCUCCGGCGGGCCCGCUCCAGGCCCCCUCUCCAGCACGCUGACAUUCCCGCGCUCCGCCUCGGUCCUGGGCUACUGCCUGCUCCCGCUGGUCGCCACCUCGCUGGCCGGCAUCGUCGUGCCCAUGGACACGCCGCUGGGCAUCGUGCUCACUGCCGCAGCCAUCCUGUGGUGCGUCGUCAGCUCCAGCAGCAUGUUCUGCGCCAUCGGCCGCAUGCCCCGCGGCAUGCGCGCCCUCGUCGCCUACCCGCUCGCCCUCUUCUACGCAGGCUUCGGCAUCAUGGCCGUCUUCAGCAGCCGCGGGAGCGGCGGCGCCCUGGCCAGGGUCGCUGCUGCGGGGGUGUGAUCUUGGUUUGGUCUCUGUAUUUUUUUUUCCCUACCUUUUUCUUUGUUGCCCGUUCCUUCCUGGGGAGGGAAAGGAGAGGGGCGGGAGUUGGUUGCGGAGGAAGGUCGUUUACAAGCAAUAUUUUUUUGGGGGUGCCGCAGCUGGCAAAGAUGUGGAUGGGGAAGAAUAUGCGGUUUGAGGAGACCGGAUUAGAGGAUGCGGUGGCUUGCGUUGUAGCGUUAUGAGGCGGUUUUCAACAAGAGACUCAA